CUGGAAGGGAGACUCAGAGGCUGCCUGAAGGUGCAGAGAGCAGCAGCAGCCACCACAGGAAUCCCCUAGACUGAGAAACCAGCAAGCCAGGAAUUCUGGACUGCCUUGAAUGCUGAAUCGCUUACAACAAGUCUUUCUUUGACAAGCAAGAUGGCCAACGUGACGAAAGGUGAAGAGCUGAGAAUUCUCCUCAUUGGCAUGACAGGCUCUGGGAAGAGUGCCACAGGGAACACCAUCCUGGGGGGCAAGCCAUUCAAAAGCUGUGUUGCAGCCUCAUCAGUAACAAAGCACUGUAAAAAGAAGGAAGCCACUGUGGGUGAGAGGAAAAUUAUUGUUGUUGAUACUCCCGGGUGGUAUGACACAAAAGAUAAGCAAGUCUUUCGUUGGAAUGAAAUCGAGGAAUGUGUCAAAACUCAUGUUCCUCAUGUUCUCCUUGUUGUUAUAAAGGUGGACAGAAUCACAAGCCAGGUGCAAAACUGUUGUUGGCAGAUCAAAAACUUUUUUCGUACUGAAGGAAAAAAAUAUAUGAUUCUUUUAUUCACUUAUAAAGAUAAAUUAGGCAGUGACAAGUCAACUCUAGAGGAGUUCUUAGAAGAUGCUGACAGGAACCUGAAGGAUCUGAUUGAGAUGUCUGAAGGACGAGUAAUUGCUUUUAACAAUAAAGCUGAAGGAGAAGAAAAGGCAGAUCAGGUUCAGCAGCUGAUUGAGAUGAUUGAUGCCUUGGUGAGAGAUAAUGGCCGAGAACCAGCUUACACUCAUGAAUCGUACAACAAGGACUUUCACUGGUGGUACCGGAUUAACCGGUGGUACGAGAGAAUGUGGAGUUGGUGGCAUUCCUAGCAUAAGCAGUAGAGGCCUUGGAAUCAAGGACAGAAAUACGUUUGCCAAACAACCCUCAUUCCCAUCCCAGUUUUGAAGGACUUAGACAAAAUCCAUCUCCACUCACAAAUACAACCCUGCAGAGCAGCCUUCCUCUUUCUGGCCUCCUCCCACAAUCCUUUUCUCUGUAUACAUUGACUAAAUGCCUGAAUGUGAUAAGCCCUUUUUUUCCGUGGAAAUUAGACUGUGCUGAAAAUUCCUCUUGUGUUCUUCUGUGCCUUUUCAACUAUCCUCCAUUAAUGAAAGAAAUUGCAUUCAAAAGUUAACAAAGGAGAGAGAAGCGUCUCUUAGAUUGCUCAUGGGUGGGUAGGUGGGUGGGGGGCAGGGUUUUCGUGCCACUUACCUUACUUUUGGCUGAGUUUUUGUGCGUGCCCUUUCUUUUAUUCUGCGUAUUGUCUCCACAGUGGUCUACGCUCUACAGCCUUCCUGGGUCCCAUGCUUCAGUUCAAGUCCAUGGGAUGGCAUCAUGAAGCCAAUCCUCCCCUGGCUUUGUCAGAUCAGGAAAGGACAGGCAGCCAGGAAGGCUGUGGAAUGCAGGAAAAAUAUUCACUGAGGGGGGGGGAAACACACACAUCACUCCCGGCCACCUUGUAACGACAGGGUAAACUCAAAACCCACCAAAGUUCUAAAAAUAUUUUCAAGUGCCAUGAAACGGAGGCAGAGAGAUGGAACCUUCUUUCCCAGAGGAAGAAAACUUUUGAGAAACUGGAGGACAGGUUUUGGGACAGCACUAGUAUAAACUACUCCUUUGAUUUAUUGUCGAUCCUACUGUUUUCCAUAAAUAAACUUCUCUUUGCUUAAGAGUA